AUGCAGGGAUAGAAAAGAACAAAUAUAGUUAUUCAUGAGAUUGGCCCAGAAAAAUGUGUAAAUUGUAACUAGUUAAUAAGUCCUAUUUAACUACUUAAUCAUAAAAUAACAUGUCUUGGAAUAAUAAAUAUAGAAUAAAAAAAUUCAGAUUAAAAAUAAGAAUAGUUUAUUCAAUAAAUAGUUAUUGACUAAAAACCACUUGAAUAGUUAAAUCAAGCUAAUUAAUAUUAAUUUAAUCCAAUUUAAUAAUAAAUUCAGAUCUAAAAGAUAGCUAGUCCAACUUAAUUAAAAUAGCCUUUCUAGUUCAAAGUUGAAUAAAAGGAAUCCAAUAUAAAAUAAGUAAGAAUGAAUUAAAACCAUAGGGACAUUUAGAAUAAAAAGUUAAUUUAUAAAUCUAUUAAAAUGAUUAAUAAAAUAAGCAUAGCUUGAUUUAAUAACAUUAUAUUGAACCAAAUGAAUAAGGUUAAUAAAUUAUCAAUCAAGAAGCAUUUAUUAAUACUAUUUAAACUUAGGCUCAACAAGAUUUAAAUUAAUAACAAAAUCAAUAUCCUAAUCUUUUUGAAGAUAAUUAAUAAUAAAUGCAUAAUUUAGAUCCUUAUUUUAAUAUUCAUUAACAAAAACAUUUAAAAAUUUAAUAGCUUAAUUAAGUAGAAUUUCACUAAAUUUUUGCACUUAAGCAAGCAGAAUAGAGUAUAAUUGAAAAAUAAGAAUAGAUAAAAAAUAAUUAAAACUAUAAAAUAAGUCAAAAUGCAAUUGUUAAUAAGAACAAUUCAGAAUAAAAAAAAGAAGAGAAUUACUAGUUUAAUGAUGCCAAUUAAGUCAAAGUUCAAUAAAAUUAAAAUUAGGAUUAAAUAAAACCUUUUACAAGUAAAGAACAAUUAUUCCUAAAUCAUUAAUAAUUUUGUUAAAAUUUAUAUUAACCCCCUUUAAAUUCUCCUAAAAACUAAAGUUAUCUUCAGUAAGGCAAAAAACCAAAAAUAGUUGAGGUAAAAUAAAAUAUUCAAUCUUAAAAGUAAAACUAAAGGGAUUAUGAAUAAUAUAAAUAAUAAUCUAAAUAAUAAUAAUAAUUACAACAAUAGUAAUAAUAAAAAUAAUCUGCUAUUUCUAAAGAAUAAUAGAGAAUAAUUAAUAAAACUUUAUUUGAAGAAUCCAAAAAUAAUUAAGGUAGUUUUUUAUAAAUAUUUUAUUAGACAAUAUUGCAAAUAUAAGAAAUCCAUAUAAAUAAAAAAAAUAAUCAAACUAGGCUUAAAUAAUUGUUUAUUAAUAGUAAUAAAAUUAAUAUCAAUAAAAUAGGUAAUUAUUAAUUAUUAAAAUAGAAGAUAAGUUGAAAGUAAAUAAUAAUAUAUCAGAUAAAAAGAUAGAAAUACUGAAAGAUAUAGAGCUAUAAGUGACUUUAGUGAUAGAAAAUAAUUUGAGUUCAAACCUGGGAUGGCGAUUACUGAUUAAUAAGUUAAUUAAAUGACUCCAGAAGAAAUUUAUGAAUAUUUUACUUAAUUAGAUUUAGAAAACUAAGUAGGAUUAAAAAGCAAGAUUUUUGUUUUAGAAGAUAAAAGAGUAUAAGUUAAUGUAACAGAUAAUUGUGCUAUUUGUUUGGAAGAGAUUUAACCAUAAAAGGAACCUAUUGAUAUUAGAUUAGAUUGCAAUCAUUAAUUUCACUAUGAUUGUAUUAAAAAAUGGUUAUUGAAAUCAAAAUAAUGCCCAGUUUGCAAAGAUUAUGUAAUUAGUGCAACCUAAAAAAAUGCUAAAUGA